AUGGCGGGUGAGCGAGAGGGCGUGCCGUCGGAUUUGGAGCAGCGGCUGCAGCGCGCGUGGAUGCACGUGCAGCUCAAGACGUGCCGCAUCGUGCAAGAUCAUCCAUGCGGCGGCCACCAAGGAGCGCACACGCACUCGCACGGCGGCAACACGCGCGGCGGCGGUCAGCAGCAGCCGUCGCUACCGCCGCCGCAACGCACGGCGCGGGAUCUGACGGCGACGCUGCAGCAGCUGUGGGGCAACACGCAGGAGCCGCUCGUUCCGCCCUCCGACCCCCGCCAGCCCCCCCCGCAGCCGCGCCCUCCGCCGCAGCCGAUUUCUUAUCCCUGCUCCCUUCCGCCCGCCACCUCUGGCGCCUCGUCGCAGGGCAAUGGCACAGCGUCGCCCGGGCCGUCCGCGAGCUCGUCCUCCUCGCACUCCACUGGCCUCACGCCACGUCAGCACGCACAGCCGGCGGCCGUGCCGCUAAACUCCGCGGGCCAGCCCUGCCAGCAGCUCUCCCCCUCCCCCUCCACCUCCGGCCAGCCCAGCCCCGGCGGCUCCCCCGCGGCGUGCGCGUUCGUGCCGGGGCAGGCGGGCGGCGGCAGCGGGGGCGUGUGGCCGCGGCACGGGCCGAACUCGGUGGCGGAGCAGUUGCGCGAGCUGAGCGCGGCGGAGUGGAUGGCGCGCGUGCAGCAGGUGGAGCCGGUGGCGCUGGGCGCGGAGUACAUGGAGGCGGACUUCUUCCGCGGACUGGACGAGCUCACCUUCGCCUUCGACGAGAUGGAGUCGCUGCUCCCCCACGACCUCAACCCCGCCUUCCUCUCCGCGCCGCCUGGCGCCUUUCACGGCGCACCAGGGGACGCAGGCAUGGGCAUGGACAUGGGCGGGGGAAUGGGGAUGGGGAUGGGCGCGGGGAUGGGCGAGGAGGAGCUGUUGGGGAUGACGGUGGACCGAAUGGUGCAAGCUAACCCUGCCUUGCCGCCCGCCCAUCACCCCAUGCCGCCCGCCUUCACAGGCGCGCCCCCCAGCAGUUGCGCCAGGGACGGCGGGCAGGGCGCGGGGCAGCAGGGCGGGGGAGUUGAGGGGACGGGGAGCGCGAGGUCGGGGGAGAGCCAGGGGCGCGCGGAUAGCCAAGGGCGCGCGGAGGAACUGAUGGCGCAGAUGCAGAGGGCGGCGCUUAACAGCCCGGGCGGCUCCCAGGAGGGGUGGCAGCAGGGGGGGCAGCAGCAAGGGGGGCAGCAGCAAGGGGGGCAGCAGCAACAGGGGCAGCAGGGGGGCCAGGCGAUGCAGCAGGCGCAGCAUGGAUUGAAAGGGGAGGGGGAGCGGACGAGAGGGAGAGCGGAUGAGAGGCAAAGAGAAUAUGAGGCAGCAGUGGCGUCUCAAAGGCGGUCGGCGGUGAUUCAGAUGCUGCUGGACAUCGCCAAGGCCAUUGUGUCCGGCGACCACCUCCGGUGCAGGUGCCUCUCAUCGCUCACAUGCCAUGCCAUCUCGUCCAUCCGUCACGCGCCCAUGCCACUGCUCACACUGGUGAAGCGCCUUGCAGCCAUCUCUCCCAUCUCGUCACGCGCCCGUUUUUCCCCUCUGCCUUCCGUCCCCCCCACUCCCUCCUCCCCUCUUCCCCCCCUUCUCCCCUCCACAGGUGCACGUGCUGGUGGAGCGGCUGACAGCGGUGGCAUCGGUGUGCACGUGUUGGUGGAGCGUCUAACAGCAGUAGCGUCAGUAUACGGGGACGCCACACAGCGCGUGUCCGCCUACUUCCUCGAGGGGCUGCUCGCCCGCGCCUCCGGCACGGCGCCCACGGGCCCCGGCUGCCCCGGCAGUGACGGCGCGGGGGCAGCAGGCGCGCUGGGCAUCUACCGCUCCAUCGACUGCGAUGCACCGCUGCUGCGCGCCUUUGAGGUGCUGGUGAGUGCAUCGCCGUACCUGACGUUUGGGCACGUGGCGUGCAACAGCGCGAUACUGGAGGCGAUACAGGGCGCGCGCAAGGUGCACAUAGUGGACUUCGGGCUGGGCCACGCCGUGCAGUGGCCGCCGCUCAUCCAGGCGCUGGCCGUGCUGCCGGGGGGUCCACCGCACCUGCGCAUAACGGGCAUCGACCGCCCGUUUGUGGCGGGCAUCCACAAGGGCUACUGCCUCCGCCAGGCCGGCCAGCGCCUAAGGAAAGUGGCACAGAGCUGGGGGGUGCCGUUCACGUUUAACUUCAUCCCCAUAAACCUGCCAGACCUGCAGCCAUCCAUGGUGCGCUGCGAGGCGGACGAGGUGCUCGUGGUCAACUGUGCGCUGCGCCUGCACAACCUCAUGGACGAGUCCGUCACGCCCUCCAACCCGCGCGCCGCCGUGCUGCGCACCAUGCGCGCGCUGGCGCCCGCUGUCACCACGCUGGUGGAGCAGAACACGAACCACAACUCGCCCUUCUUCCUCAGCCGCUUCCUCGAGGCGCUCCAUUACUACGCGUCCAUCUUCGACGCCCUCGACGCAUCCGUGCCCGCGGACUCGACGGAGCGGCGGCUGUUUGAGCAGCGCGUGCUGGGGCGCGCCAUCGUGAACGUGGUGGCGUGUGAGGGGCAGGACCGCACGGAGCGCCAGGAGCCGCUGGGGCAGUGGGAGCGCCGCGUGCACCGCGCCGGGUUCGUGGGGUACCCGCUCAGCCGUGAGGUGGUGGCCACCGCCACCGCCCUGCUCUCCACGGGGUGUUUGAAGAGAGCAGAUCCGCAUGUGUCCUGCGCUUUUGCACCACUCCCCUUCCAUUCCCUCCCCACCCGCCUUGAGGUCGCCUUUUUCCCACCGAUCCCUUUUGACAUGCUCCUUGCGCUCCCCACCACCGUCCCCGAUGCCACUCAUUUUGAGAUCCCGCAUCAUCAUCAACCCCCCUCCACCGAUCUCGGUCCUUUCCCCUGUCGCACAACAAUGGCAACGCUGGGCCAUCGCUCCGUGUCGCUGCCGCAGCUGCACCCGUGGAUUCGCGGCGUCGACCACGAGGAGCGCGCCAGCGAGGCCGCCCUUGCGGCACAGUGCGGGGAGCCGAGCGACGUCCCCGUGCGCAUGCAUUCCAACAGGCCGGACGAUCAGCGAGGGCAGCAGCAGCAGCAACAGGUGCAGCAGCAGGAGCAACAGGUGCAGCAGCAGGAGCAACAGGUGCAGGAGGAAGAGGUGCAGCAAGAGCGGCAGCAGCGGGAGGAGCAGCAGCAGCAGCAGUCGACCAGCGCUGUGCUGGGUCCUCGGUCCGUGGCCGUCUCCCUCACCGUCGACCACGCCUUCGGCUUCGCAUCCCCAGCAGCCCUCCCGCCCGCAGUGCUCUCCGCCCUCGCAGCGCUCGCGGAUUCAGCACGCCACCAGGCUGGCGGGUUUUCCCCGCUCACAGCGGAGGGGACGGCGGACGGCGCCUUGCCUCCCGCCCUUGAAGGCAUCCUACGGAGCGCACCUCCCGCCGGCCCAGGCGACGCGGGAUCGGUUGAUGGACCGGCUGUUGCAGAGAGGUAUGGGCAGUGGAGCGGUGAGAGCGGGUCCUACUCCAUGCUGCUGCCCGCUGAUGCGCCUGCCGUCGCAGCAGCCACUGUCGGCGCAGCUGACAGAGCAAGCCCGUCGGAGACCCAACAAGCAGCAGCAACAGCGGCAUCACAAACAGCCGCAUCAACAGGAGCAAGCGCAUCAGUAGCAGCGACAGCAGAAGCGGCAGUGGCGGUGGAGGCUCAGGCAGCGAGUGUGGAAAGAUUACAAGGAGCGCCUGCAGGCAAGGCCAGCAGUCGGGAGCUUGCCAGCGCUGCGCCUGCUGCCGUGCCAGCCGUUGUGGCAGCCGAGGCGGAGGCAGCGGCGGGCGAGGCCGAGGAGGGGGCGGAAGCAGAGCUGCUGGCGGUGGAGGUGCGGUGGAAGGGCGCGCGCGCGGGUCUGAUGGGGUCCAUGUUCGGGCGCGCCGUGAAGCGCGGGUGCAGCAGCGCACAGCCGCCGCGCGGGCCGCACGGGAUGGUGCGGUGGGAGGAGGGCUUCGCGCACGACUGCCACCUGCUGCCCUGCCCCGCCGCCCUGCGCGCCGCCCGCGGGCAGGGCGAGGCGUGCGGCAAGGGGUGCCUCUUCCAGCCGUGGGAGGUGGUGCUGCUCGUGUACAAGCAUGCACCCAGCAGGCCCAGGGAGCGUCCACAGCAGGUGGCGUCGGUGGUGCUGGACGUGGCGCCGCUCGCCGCGCCGCUCUCCACGCAGCCCCUCACGCACCACCUGCUGCUCCUCUUCGCCCCCCCCGACUCGCCCCCCGUCGGCCUGCUACAGGUGACAGUGGAGUGCACUCAGCUGCCGCAAGCAGCAUCCGUCCCCCCAUCCCCAGCCGCACUCCAGUCGGCAGCACCAGUCCCGGCCCAAGCCUCAGCACCGGCGCCAGUGCCAGCCACGCCAGCCGCGGGCGGACCAGCAGCAGCAGGGACGGGAGUGCGGGAGGCGGGGGGUGGCGGGGUGCACCUGGGGGGGCUGUGGGGGUGGCAGCGGCGCAGCCGGGAGAGCAAGAGCCCCGCGCUGCCCCUGGACGCGGCGGGCAGGGCAGGCGAGGGCGAGGGGCAUGGUGCUGCAGGCAGUGGCAGUGCGGAGCAGAGCAGCGGAGGUGGGCAGCAGGAGGAGGCCGAUUGGGUGCAGGGGGGGGACGGCGAUACAGAGUGGGAGCAGGUGAAGCGGAGGGCGAGUGAUGGCGAGGAGGGGGAAAGUGGGCUUGGCGGGCAGGGAAUGGGGGGGCGGCAGGCGAGCAGCGCGGUUGGGGUGGAGGCGGCGGGUGGUGGUGGUGACGGCCAGCGUGGGGUGGGGCUGAGUGCCGGGAACACACCGAGGCACACAGGUGGUGCCGUGGAGCAGCAGGGAGCGCGUGAAGGUGCUGGGGCGGAGGGGGAAGGCGAGUCCCUGGCAGACAACAAGGGGGCGGCUGGCAAUGGGGACGCGAGCGGUGGUGCGGACACAGGCGCUGGCGCGAGCACCGAGGUGAACCUGGGAGGGCACGUGGGAGGACCCGUGCACACACGCAUGCGCAUGCUGCACCUGCUGCCCCACGCGCUUCCCUCGCCCCCUCGCACCCUCUCCCUGCCCGCCCAGCCCUCCAGCGCGCAUAGUGAGAGAGGGCAGACUGCAAUGCAAGAAGUGCACAUGACACCACUGGAGGCAGGCAGGGAGGGCGGUGGUGAGGAGGGAGCAGUGGGUGCAGAGGUUGUGGGAGGUGCAGCGGAGGAGGAGCAGCGAGUGAUUGCUCCUCUGCGGUCGCCCUUAGCGCCACGCCUCUUCACGUUCACCUCGACCUUCCUCUUCUUCUCCUCCACCCCCCGCCCGCCCCCUGCUCCUGCUGCCACACCCGACCUGCCCUCGACACCAGCGCCACAGUCAGCAUCGUCAGCACAAGAAGCCACGUCUGAACUCGCACCUGCUGCCUGUGCUGCCUCCACCCAAGGCGAGCAAGGCCCUCCCCCUGCCCAAGGCAGCAGGGACUCGUCCCCCAUCUCGCCGCUCGACCCCCUCCCUGCCGACGUCCCUCCCCCUUCUAAGCCCUUUCUCCUCCCGCCCUUCCUCCCAGCUAAGCCCCUUGCUGCCACUUCGGGAGGAGGUGGGGCAGGGGGCGGAGGGGGAGGAGGUGCGGGGGUGGGUGCAUUUUUGCGGCGGCCGCUGCUGUUCCUGCGCACGCUGUCGCUGCAGGAGAGGGGCGAGCCGCUGCUGCACAAGGCGUACGGGGAGGAGGGGGGGGACGAGAUCGACUGGGACAGGCGCAAGGCACUCGAGGCCGAGCAGGAGCAUCCCCUUUACAAGCUGCCUCUGGAGGAGCAGCAGGCAGCGAGUGCGGGGGAGGCAGAGGCAGAGGCGGUGUCCCCAUCGGCAUCGAGUGUGCGAGAGCUGUUUGGGGACGAGUUCCGCGUGGGGCAGUGGGAGCGCCGUGAGGUGGUGAGUCGCGACGGCGCGGCGCGGCUGUGCGCGCCGGUGUUCCUGGCGACCGUGGACCAGUGCCAUGCCAGUGCUGCGGGCGAGGGCGCGUGUGCGCUGCUGGUGGCGCACAUAGCGGCGUGGGUGCAUCUGCAUCUGCAUGCGCACGGGGAGGGCACGCUGCCAGGGCAGGCGGAGCUGGACGACCUCAUCCGUGCCGGGUCCGCUGACUGGCGCCGCCUGCGCGCCCUCAGCGACUUCCACCAGCGCUUCCCCGACGGGCACUUUGACCUUGACACCGUGCUGGCCGCCGUGCAGCACUCCCACUCCGAUACACCCCCCCUUGCGCAGACAGACCGUGGCGGGCAGGCUGUGGGUGCAGAGGUCAACAAGCAGGCAGCUGAUAAGGAUGGUGGGGGAAACACGGACCCUGGUGCCUCCCACGAUGGUAGCAGCAGCGGCAGCAGCGAUGGUGGUGGGGUGGCAAGGAUGCCCCGGCUGCCGCUGUGUGUGGUGCCCAGCCAGUCGUUUGUGGGGUUCUUCCACCCGCCCUGCCUUGCUGCCAGGCGCGCCAAGGAGGACGCCGCCCGCACGCAGGGCAGCAGCGCAGCAGAAGGUGAUGCGGCGGAUGUGAACAGGGGCGAGGCGGGAGCGAGCACUGUGGACAAGAGCGGAAGAGAUACAGAGGAGGGGGGUGAGGGGAAGGAGGAGGAAGUAGUGGGGAAGCGCACAAGCAGUUCGCCAGACGUAGAAGCAAAAGGCAAUGGGGCUGAAGCGCCGUUGGAAACAGGAAAGCAAGAACAGACUUCUACUGUGGAGAGCCCUGAAAGCGUCGGGGAGAAGGGCGUGGAGGAGAAGGGCGUGGAGGAGAAGGGCGUGGAGGAGAAGGGCGUGGAGGAGAAGGGCGUGGAGGAGAAGGGCGUGGAGGAGAAGGCGUUGGAGCAGCUGGCGUUUUUGGAGGGCAUGCUGUCGUUUGAUGACAUCUGGGAGGCGGUGGUGCAGGCGGGCGAGGGCGUGUACAUCGUGGCGUGGAACGACCACUUCUUCCUUCUGCUCCUGCGCCGCUCCCAACCCCACCCGCACCAGUACCGCCACCAGCAGCAACACGGGUGUGGGGGCGCGCAAGCAGCACUGGAUAGGGCUGUGGGGGAGCACACAGGUGAAGGUGCAGGCCAUGGUGGCACAUGGGCUGAGGCGAGGGGUGGGGAGGUGGAGUGUGUGGUGAUCGACACGCUGGGCGAGCGGCUGCACGAGGGGUGCUCGCAGGCCUUCAUGCUGCUCUUUGACUCCUCCUCCUGGGUGGAUGUCGGCCUGCCUCUUCCAGCAGCGCUCGGAAGCACUGCUGCAGGCGGGGCCGGCACAGGAGGGGGAGCGGGUGGUGCAGGUGACGGUGGUGGGGGGCAGGCGAAAGCGCAGGGUACUGGUGACAGCAGUGAGCAAAAAGGCAGGGCGGACGAAGCAGAGAGGGCAGAGGGUAAGGCAGGCGGCAUUGGUGCUCAGGUGCCCAAGGUAGAGACAGGCAGGCGAUGGGGUGUGAAGGCAGGCAAGGGCAGUGGCAAGGGCAAAGAUGGCAGUGGGAAGGGCAAAGGCAGCAGUGGGAUGGAUAUUGUAGCAGGGGGGGUGGGUGCCCAUCCCCAUGGGGUGAACGACACGGUGAGCUGUGAGGCAGGUGCUGCUAAGGGGGAAGACGUGAUAGUGGGAGCAGCACAAGGAACGCAUGUGGCAGAGGUUGAAGGGGUGGUGCUCCAAGCAAUGCGAUCGAGUGAAGGCGUCACUUUGCUCCCUGCCGACACUCAUGGCGUGCCCGCUCCCAUCACUGCCACUCCAAAUCAUGUAGAUAGUCCUUCUGCGGACACCUGCAGCCCACCAUGCGGAGAUGAGUCAGCAUCCACUGCAGCUGACUCAGUGAUUCCUACAGCAGUGCAUGCAGCCGAGGCAACAUGUCUGCUGACACACACUGACGGUCCAUCACGGUCACCCAUACACGAGACGAAAACCAGCACCACCAAUUUUGACGGGUGUGCAAGCAGUGAGCAGCCCACCCAAACCGCGUCGAGCGCUGCUGGUUCGUCUCCUGCCUGCACAGCCACCGCCACCUCCCCUCCCACUUCGGCCGCACCUGCUUGUGGCGGGGAGGGCGAGGGGGAGGCAGCUCCGGUGGCAGCGGGGCGGAGGGUGUGGGGAGCGGAGGCGUGCCGCGAGUACCUCAAGGCGUUCCUGGCGGCGGUGCCGCUGGCGGAGGUGGAGGGUGACCUGCGCAAGGGGCUGCUGGCGUCACCCGAAGCCAUCCACCGCCGCCUGCAGGUGGAGCUCCACUUCACCCGCCUCCUCUGA